CACAGCCAUACAGAACUGGCAUCCUUGAAGCACAACGCCCCUGUUGUCUCUGUCGCUUGGAUGGACGAUGAUGCGGGUGUCGUGUCCUUGGGUGAUAAUGGUACUGUCAGUAAAUGGACACGGCUAGGCCAGAAUAAAUGGCAUUGGGCUAAAAUUCUGGAUGCAGGAAGACCUGACGAGGAUCCUGCAUGUCUUGCAUAUAUGAAGGAUCGAAUAGCAGUUGCCUUCCCUAGGACCGGCGUGAAAGUAUGGUUGUGGAUCAAAGGCACUUGGCAACCGCAGAGAUCCAUACUCCGCCAAAAUGUCACGGCAAUCCGAUUUGUCGAAGACGGCGACGCACUAAUCGGCGGGACCACGGAUGGCGUACUAUGGUACUGCCAAGUUCCAAACGGUACACUGCGGGCCUAUUCCUUCUUCAAAUCGAAAGUAUACCACCUGGAUGUUGACUCUCAGGGCACAAGCGCUUUGGUCGCGCAACAUGGCGGUCGAUGUCAUCUUGUCGGGAUAGAGGACGGCCGAAAGGGCACAAUAGAGCGGGCGUACGUGCUCAAAGACACUGAGAUCCAGAACGCGACGUUGUAUGACUUCGGAGCCAUCUUCGCGAAUGGUGAUCAGUCGGUUCUGUUCGGUGACCUCCACGGAUGCGUCCUCGUCUGGGAUAAGAUGGGAGCGGAAGUUUCUUACGGUUUGGAUCAUGGAGAUGAGACCGUGCAAGCCGUUGCCAGCUUCGGCUCAAGGGUCGUUUCUUCCGAGCACUACUUGGUUACCGGGACGAAGCAAGGACAACUAACUUGGUGGCCUCACUCUUUGAGUGAUUCAGACCCGCGUAAACGGGUGAAGUCCGACUUAGAUUAAUGCUCAUUUUAAUCCUGUGGAGGGGGAAUCUACUUGACUCUUCUUGCUUGCGCGAUGCCUGCUUUGCGUCUUACUGUUAACUUAUCUCUUUAGCCACCGCCCUAUUCCACACAUGUAUUGAUAGUUGCGUUCUCG